AUGGAGCUGUACAUUCAUCCCAAGUCGCCGCCAUGUUGGGCAGUUCUGCUGCUUGGCCGUCAACUUAAUCUGAAAAUCAACCAAAAAGUUUUGGAACUCAGAACGAAGGAACACUUGAGAGAGGACUUCAUCCAGAUCAAUCCAGAACACACGGUUCCUACGCUGGUAGACAGAGAUUUCAUUCUCAGCGAAUCUCGCGCCAUUCUGUCCUACCUGAUGGAUGCUUACGCUGGCAAUAAUCAUCCGCUGUACCCGCGGGCGGCCAAGGAACGGGCUGUGAUACAGCACAGAUUGAAUUUCGACUUGGGAACCCUGUACACCCGUUUCUAUGCCUCUUGCUCUCCAAUGUGGAACAGAGGGGCCACCUCAACGGAAGAACAACGGGAUAAACUGUACGAAGCGUUGGGAUUUUUGGAAACCUACCUCGGUCGAAGUCGCUACGCCGCCGGAGACCAUCUAACGAUUGCGGAUGUGUCCUUGGUGAGUACCGUUUCUGCGAUCGAGCUUUGCCGUAUAAAGCUGGAAAGGUACCCGAAAUUGGUGGCCUGGUAUCAGAGAUGCAAAACGGAAUUGAUCGGUUACGCCGAUAUCGUGGCCUGCCAGUUCGAGGCCGUUCAAUCUUCUCUAAGCGCGGUGUAA